AUGGGGUGUAAACAAUCUGUGGUAACGGUAACUCCGCUUGAUGAGCCAUCAAAAGUAAACGCACUUUCGCUGACAACCGAUGGUUUGGAUGCGAAUAACUUUCGUUCAAUUACAUUGUCAAAAAUACACGAGGUCAAUCACAACACAAAACUGUUUACAUUCACGUUCGACGAUCCUAAAUCAAUAUUAAACAUGAAAAUUUCAUCAUGUACCGUGCUCAAAGCAAAUAUUGACGGGGAAGACGUCUACCGGCCAUAUACACCAACCACACGACCUAACACUCAAGGCUAUCUCGAAUUUCUAAUCAAAUACUAUCCACAAGUACCAAAGUAUGAUUAUCAGCCGCAUAAAUUUAAAAGUUUAACACUGAUUGCUGGUGGUACUGGUCUAACCCCGAUGUUACAAAUGAUUGAAGAAGUUUUGUUCAAUGCGGAUGACACAACGACUAUCACGCUACUAUAUGCAAAUACAAGUUUCGCCGAUAUUCUAAUCAAAGGUGAUCUCGAUAAAUUGGCGCAAAAAUAUUAUGACCGAUUUAAAUGUUAUUAUACAAUUAGUAGUGUUGCCGAUACAGCGGAGGAUCAAGCAUGGACAGGAGAAAGAGGUCACAUAACGACGAGUAUGCUAGAAAAGUUGAUCCCAAUGCCGAGUAAUGGGGAUGAUGAGAGUAUUAUGGUUAUGGUUUGUGGACCACCUGGCUUUAUGCGGUUGAUCUGUGGUGAGAAGACGCCUGAUUACAAGCAAGGUGAAGUCAGCGGACUGUUGAAACAAGUGGGUUUUACGGAAAAAAAUGUUUUCAAAUUUUGA